CACCGACGGAGCAUUCGAGCUUCGUUUCUCGCCGUCUUUCAAGGCAUUCGACAUCAACCAAAAUGGUGACAACGAAAUCGCGCACCUCUGUGAAGGCUGCAAAGAACUCUCCAGAUGUACCAACGCGUUAUCUGCCCGCCAAAACCUUCGUCCUCGAUAAUGGCGCCUAUACCAUGAAAGCGGGUUAUGCUUGCGAUCCCUCGUCCUCUUCCGAAGAAGCCCUAUCCAACUGCGUUUCAAUACCGAAUGCAAUUGUAAAGACGCGAGAAAACCGGAUCUUGACUGGUGCACAGCUUACAACCCAUGUGACGGACUGGAACGAGGCGGUCUUUCGCCGUCCGGUGGAGAAGGGAUAUAUCGUGAACUGGGAAGCGGAGAGGGAGAUUUGGGACCAGACGUUCUUUGAGGAGAAGGCAACGGCGCGGAAUAAGCUGCUUCGUAUUGCUCAUCCAGAGGAAACGACUUUGAUACUCACCGAAGCUCCGAAUAACAUGCCGGUCUUGCAGCGGAAUACGGACGAGAUGGUUAUGGAGGAGUGGGGAUUCGGAGGUUAUGUUAGGUGUCUAGGACCAACUCUCAAUGCCUGGAACGAGGUCAAUUCGCUAUUCGGUGACCCUCUCACCAAGUCCGACUCUGAUGUCUUGCCAAAGGACUGCCUGCUGGUUGUUGAUUCGGGAUACUCGCAUACAACAGUGACACCCGUAUACAAAGGCCAACCUCUCCAACGUGCUAUCCGGCGGCUUGAUGUCGGUGGCAAGUUUCUCACAAACUACUUGAAAGAGAUCGUCUCCAUGCGGCAAUACAACAUGGUGGAUGAGACUUACAUCAUGAACGAAGUCAAGGAGGCAGUUUGCUUCGUCAGCAAUGAUUUCAAGGCCGAUAUGGAAAGGACCUGGAAGGCCAAUCGCAAGCGUGAAGAAGCUCAAAGCGUCGUAGUGGACUACGUACUUCCAGAUCCAAAUGCACACAAGACAGGCUUCAUGCGCCCGCAUGAUCCACUUUUACAUGCGAAGAAAAAGAAGGGUGCGCUGUCCGGCCUCAGUGCAGAGAUUCUGUCCGAGGAUGUGUUGGUUCUAGGCAAUGAACGGUUCGCGGUUCCGGAGCUUCUGUUUACGCCCAGUGAUAUUGGCAUGCAACAAGCCGGUAUUCCCGACAUGAUUAUGCAGAGCUUGUCAGUACUGCCGCCUGGAUUGCACGCUGCUUUCUUGGCGAAUGUGUUGGUCGUUGGUGGUAAUUCGCAGAUUCCGGGCUUCAUGGAACGACUGGAGAAUGAUCUACGCGGGAUUGCCUCUUCGGAAUGUGUUGUUCGUGUACGACGUGCUGAGGACCCUUUCCGCUCUACCUGGCUCGGAGGCUCUCGUUUCGCAAGUAACCGCGAAGAAGUUGGCAAGUUGGCCAUUACCCGCCAGGAAUACCAAGAAUAUGGGUCAGGAUGGGCCAGCCGCCGUUUCGCCGGCAUGAUAUGAUUGCGGGCUAGGAGGGGUAAAUCAUCCGACUGGUCGUCAUUUUAGGAGUUCUGGGAGCUGUAUAAGCGCUAGGCUUUAGCUAUGCAUUAAGAUACCCAUGUAUUUGUCUUAUUGAUGGUUUUUACUCUUGUUGAACGUCCUGGCGGCUCCUCCUGUGUUAUUCCAUGGUUUCCCACGGAUCUAUCCUUGGUCAUAGUAAGCCUCCACAACGUAAAUAGAGAUACUCUGAAAGUCUCUUCUCUCAAUCUCAUUGGUGAAUCACUUUGAGUAUAGCAUUACGCUCAUUUUACACGCACUAUUCUUGAUGCUCUGUGUGUAAUACCCCUGACAAGUGCAAGUACGGAUAGCAGUGAGUCAAAGUGUACCAAUAAUCAUGCCGCCAUACUACAAUCUAUGAUGC